AUGGCCUCCAGGAGACUAGCACUAAACCUCGCACAGGGGAUUCGCAGUCGAGCUGCAUCCCCCGCCCUGCGAUCGUUGAAGCGAGGUUUUGCUACACCAGUGUCGUCUCCUGUUGGCGCGAAGACACAGACUACAACACUCAAGAAUGGCCUGACUGUCGCCACCGAGUACUCGCCAUGGGCGCAGACAAGCACAGUGGGCGUAUGGAUUGAUGCCGGCUCCAGAUCCGAGACGGACGAGACAAAUGGCACCGCACACUUCCUGGAGCACCUUGCCUUCAAGGGUACCCAGAAGCGAACGCAACAGCAAUUAGAGCUCGAGAUCGAGAACAUGGGCGGCCACUUGAAUGCCUACACAUCGCGUGAAAACACAGUAUACUUCUCGAGAGCAUUCAACUCGGACGUGCCCCAAUGCGUCGAUAUCCUUGCCGAUAUCCUCCAAAACUCCAAGCUCGAGCACGGCUCCAUCGAGCGUGAGCGGGACGUCAUUCUGCGCGAGUCUGAGGAGGUUGAGAAGCAGCUGGACGAGGUUGUUUUCGACCACCUGCACGCCACCGCCUACCAACACCAGCCCUUGGGCCGCACCAUCCUAGGACCCCGUGAAAACAUCCGCGAUAUCACCCGUACUGAGCUCACCAACUACAUCAAGACCAACUACACGGCUGAUCGUAUGGUCCUUGUGGGCGCCGGUGGCAUCGCCCACGAGCAGCUGGUUGAGUUGGCAGAGAAGAACUUCUCGGGUCUUCCUACGACUUCGCCUCACAACUCCGCCUACUUGCUGUCGAAGAGAAAGCCGAAUUUCAUUGGCUCCGAUAUCCGUGUUCGUGAUGACACCAUCCCUGCUGCACACAUUGCCCUGGCAGUUGAGGGUGUAAGCUGGAACGAUGACGACUACUUCACCGCUUUGGUUACUCAAGCUAUUGUUGGCAAUUACGACAAGGCUAUGGGCAGCGCACCUCACCAAGGCAACAAGCUCAGCGGCUUUAUUCACGAGAAUGGCCUCGCCAACAGCUUUAUGAGCUUCUCUACCAGCUACAGUGACACUGGUCUGUGGGGUAUUUACUUAGUGUCUGACCAAGUCACCCGUCUUGACGACCUUGUCCACUUCGCUCUGCGGGAAUGGUCCAGACUGUCUAGCAACGUCACUGAAUCCGAGGUUGAGCGCGCCAAGGCACAACUGAAAGCCUCCAUCCUCUUGUCCCUUGACAGCACCUCCGCAGUUGCCGAGGAUAUCGGUCGUCAACUUGUUACCACUGGCCGUCGGAUGAACCCUGGCGAGAUCGAGCGCGUCAUCGAUGCAGUCACAGAGAAGGAUGUAAUGGAGUUCGCAAACCGGAAGCUUUGGGAUCAAGACGUUGCCAUCAGCGCUGUUGGCAGUAUUGAGGGCUUACUUGACUACCAAAGAAUUAGAAACGACAUGAGCCGAAACUUCUAG